AUGUCUAGCAGUAUCAUUAGUUCCUACAUGAAUCAACAUGAGAGGAGGAGGGUGAUGGAGCUUGAGGAGCUUAGUGAUCCUCUGAAAGACCUCCGUUUAAUGAACGGCACAAGUCCCUGCUCAGGGAGGGUUGAAGUCUUACACAAUAACACAUGGGGAACCAUUUGUGAUGCGAGCUGGGAUUUACAAGAUGCUCAAGUGGUCUGCACCCAGUUGAGCUGUGGAAAGGCCUCCAAAGCACUGGGUGGAGCACAUCAUGGCCAAGGAUCGGGCCCCAUCUGGCUGGGGAACAUCAACUGUACAGGAGAGGAAGCAUCUCUGGAGGAGUGCCAGAAAGGAGGCUGGGGGGAGCACAGUUGCAACCACAGCCAGGAUGCCAGCGUGGAGUGUUCAGGUACAUCACUUUUCAUUUUCCCCAAACCAACAGGAACCAGACUGGUGAAUGGCACAAACCGUUGCUCUGGGAGAGUUGAAGUGUUCCUCGAUGGGGAGUGGGGGUUGGUGUGUGAUGAUCGGUGGGACCUGAGUGAUGCUCAAGUCGUGUGCAGAGAACUUGGCUGCGGAGGAGCUCUCUCAGCCCCAGGACAAGCCCACUUUGGAAAAGGAAACGGUGCCAUCUGGAUAGAUGAAGCCCAGUGUUUGGGGACAGAAGUUGCCCUUCAGAAGUGCCCAUUUGAAAGAAAACAUGAUUGUAGUCAUGAAGAAGAUGCUGGUGUUGUGUGCUCAGAUCUCCGUUUAAUGAAUGGCACACGUACCUGCUCUGGGAGGGUUGAAGUCUUUCACAAUGACACGUGGGGGACCAUUUGUGGUGCUGGCUGGGAUUUAUUAGAUGCCCAAGUGGUCUGCAGGCAGCUGGACUGUGGCAGUGCUUCCAAAGCAUUGGACGGAGCACACUAUGGCCAAGGAUCGGGCCCCAUCUGGCUGGAGAGCAUCAACUGUACAGGAGGAGAAGCAUCCCUGGAGGAGUGCCAGAAAGGAGGCUGGGGAGAGCACAGCUGCAGCCACAGCCAGGAUGCCAGCGUGGAGUGUUCAGGUACAUGA